UCUCUCCUCUCCUCCUCAGGCUGCAGGAUGGACGUCGUGAAUCAGCUGAUGGCCCAGGGCCAGUUCAGGAUCCUGAAGGUUCCUCUGGGCUUCAUCAAGGUUCUGGAAUGGUUCUUCGCCAUCUUCGCCUUCUCCACCUGCGGCAGUUAUUCUGGGAUGUUCAAGGUGUCGGUGGACUGCAAGAACCUGACAGAGAGCAACCUGGGAGUAAAGGUUGAGUUUGAGUAUCCAUUCAGGCUCCAUCAGGUCUACUUUACGCCCCCCACCUGCACGGGGGGGACGGAGCAGGUCUUCCUGGUCGGCGACUACUCUUCCUCGGCUGAGUUCUUUGUCACCAUCGGGGUGUUCGCCUUCCUCUACUCCACAGCGGCGCUCAGCAUCUACAUCUUCUUCUACGAGAAGUACAAGGAGAACAACAAGGGCCCGCUGAUCGACCUGGGGGUGACGGCAGCCUUCGCCUUCAUGUGGCUGGUGAGUUCGGCAGCCUGGGCCAAAGGCCUGUCGGACGUGAAGACGGCGACCGACCCGGACGACGUCAUCACCAUGAUCGCAGCCUGUAAGGAGAAAGCCAACACCUGCCGCGAGGUCCACGACCCGGUCAUGUCCGGACUCAACACCUCUGUGGCGUUUGGCUUCAUUAAUCUGGUCCUGUGGGCCGGAAACAUCUGGUUCGUCUUCAAGGAAACGGGGAUCAUCGCUCCUUUCAUGCGCGCUCCCCCUCCUCAGGAGAAACCUGCUCCGGAUGCCUACGGCCAGCAGGGGGCGUACGAACCAGACCCAUAUGCCAGCAACCAGGGAGGCUACCAACCCGAAUAUAACCAGCAGGGGUACAACCAGGAGGCAGACUAUGGUCAAGGCAUGGGCCAGCAGGGGGCGCCCACCUCCUUCUCCAAUCAGAUGUGAGGCGACAGGACGCAGGUGAGUGCAGGAAGCGGCGGAGUGAACCAGCAGUGGGUCGCCUGCAACCUACCCACAGUGCAACACUCCCGUCUGCCUGCAGCAGCGCCGUUCCUGGGCGGGGUUUAUGGGAUGAUGUUUACUGCAGUGAAUCCGUGUGUCUAAAUGAGAAACCCGCAGCAUGAAGAAGCCGUGCUGAGUAGAACCAAUGUUGAUCAGAGUUCUCUGUGUUCGGGUCUGUUUCUGUGGACAGAAUGUAUGUUUGUGUUGUAUAGCUAUCUACUUCAGCAGAUCUAUAAUAGAGACUCAAUCCUUUCCUCUCCUUCCCUGUUGGACCCCAGGAUUGGUGUUGCCCUAAGCCCCGCCCCUAAAACCAGAUUCUCUGCUGCCGACCAUGAUGCUGUUCAGACUGAGUUCAACAAUCUGAUUCAAAAUAAACCCAACCAAUAAAAACACCAUGAGCCGCUUCUCCACCUGCUGCGCCUCCCAGCUGUUUAUCUUUCAGCAUGUAAAUAUCCACACAGGAAGUGAUGUCAUUCUGGACUUAUAACGAGCACAGUCUGAACGCCGUCAUGUUGGCCCUUCAUAGAAACAAGAUACGAAUAGCUUCCUGCCAUUGCGAUCAAUUCAUGCAACAACAUUUCCGCUGGAUAAAUGUCCAACUGAAGGACCAGGCAUCAAUCUGAAGGUCCAAUGUCCAAAUGUCUGAAUGAAAGUCCAACGUCUGGAUGAAGGUCCAAAUGCCUGAAUGAAGGUCCAAAUGUCUGAAUGAAGGUCCAACGUCUGAAUGAAGGUCCAACGUCUGAAUGAAGGUCCAAAUGUCUGGAUGAAGGUCCAAAUGUCUGAAUGAAGGUCCAACGUCUGAAUGAAGAUCCAACGUCUGAAUGAAGGUCCAAUGUCUGGAUAAGGGUCCAACUGUCCAUCUAAAGGUCUAAACAUUUUUCUGAAGGUCCAAAUAAAGGUCUAGGUGUUUCAAUGAAAGUCCAAAUCUUUUUCUUAAAGGUCAUAAAGUCCAAAUGAGGAUCUUGAUGUCAAAAUGUAAGUUAAAAUUCAUUGAAAGGUCAAAAUACCCACAUGAAGAUCUGGAGAUCUAGAUCUUCUUCUCGGGUUUUAAUUUUGGGGCGCUGAAGAUCUAGCUCCUUGUGAUGUGUUUUUUUGUUUUUUUAUGAUUCGAAAACUGAUGCUCAGUGUGACUACUUCCUGUUUCCUGUACAGGUGUGCAAGGUCAUUUCCUGUUGAUGCCUUUCACACAGUUUUCUCCUCUUCCUCACCUGCUAUGCAGCAUUAUAUGUUCUUUCAUCUUCCUCCACCACUCUUCAUCCUUUUGUCUCUUCCUCAGUUGCUCUUCAUUUCUCUCCUCUUGGACUUGGUGAUGUAACUUCCUGUGAGAUAUAUUCUGCCCCAAGCAUCUGUAACCAUGGUGAUGGUUUUGCAAGUGAUGGGGGUUUGUAUGACUUGUUGCCAUGGAGAUCCCCUCCCCGGUGUUUCUUCAGUAAAAAGAAUAAAAACAAU